GGAGGUUCAGUGUGAGUUCUGUGCAAUCAGAGUACUCGUUCCGCGGGGCAGCAAGUAGCAGGACGCCUUUUUAGGUGAUUGAUGUCUAGUUAUGUCCAAUCAAAGGCCACCACAGCGAGCACAGUCUUUUGACUGAUGGCUCAUCAGUCCAAUACACGGUCUGCAGGUGGGCGGUACGGAAGCGAGGUUUGCUGAGGGCUUAGGUGGUUGUUGUACGCGCAAGCUGGGACGAGCAGCAUGGCGGAAGAGGAGAGUGAUCAUGAAUCUGAGAGACUGAGAGAGGAACUGGAGAGUUCUCUUGAACAUGGCGUGAGAGACGAAAACGGGCUACCGAGCAAGUAUUACUGUUUCAAAUUCUGCCAGGUAGUUGAAGAGUAUGCAGGGAGAUGGCAGGUACCUUUGCCUCAGCUGCAGGUGUUCCAAACUGCUCUCUGCUGCUUCACCAAAGGCACUGCCACCUUCCCAGCUGAAUGUGAGCAAAUACAAUAUGUUUUGAGUAGCCUGGCUUUGAGCUUCUUUGAGCUGCUGCUGUUCUUUGGCAAGGAUGAAUUCCUUGAGGAUCCUUUGAAAGAUAUUAUUGAGUCAUUUCAGGAAUGUCACACUACUUUAGCAAGAUACAAAAACGUGUACUUAAAGCUGGUGAAGCAAAUAAUUAAAGAAGGAGGUCCGUGGGAAAACCCAGUGUUGAAGGCAGUCCUCAAAGAAACUCCACAACCUCAGGAAACAGUGGACAUGUACUUGAACUCUGAAAUCCCAGCAUUUUUUGAAAUCAGAGUCCGAUAUUUGCUUGCUUGUGAGCGUAUUCAAGAAGCAGUGGCUCUCUCCAAGUGCUGCAUACCCCAUCCUGAAGUCGGCACAAACCUCUACUUCUAUCAAGCGUAUUUAACAUGCCUUUUCAAGGCAUCUUUACGUGACCAUCUUCACAAGGAGAUGGCCGGGAUCGACAGUAAGGAUGCUGUUGAAAUCAUCUGUAAUGCUGAAAGAGAGGAGAAGGAUGAAGUGCUUUUGGGUCUGUGCAGAGCAUUCCUCAUUCAGCAGCUUGAGACUGGAAACAUGUACUAUAUCUGGGACCUUAUCUUCAUAUGGAGCAAGCUUCAGCUUCGAGCUAAUUCUUCCAAACAGGACUUUUUAGAAGAAUGCCAACAGCUUUUGUUGGCAGCAACGAAUGUUAAAAUGAUUUUUCCUUUCAUGAAGGCCAUUGAAACUGAACUUGGAGAUGAAGGCUUGCAGGUUUGUGUGCAACUGUGUGCUUGCACUCUGAAUAUGGACCACCACGAUGAUCCAAACACUAAAUCCCUGGUCUAUAAAAUCAUUGCCUAUCUUUUGCCAAAUGACUUGGAGGUUUGUCGAGCUUGUGCCCUCGCAGUUUUUUUUCUGGAACGCAGUGUGGAAGCUUAUACCACAGUCUAUAAUCUGUAUACUUUUCCAGAUCAGGAGUAUCAUGUGGAUCACAAUCUGGUUAAAAAUCAAGUACGUUUUGAGUUACUCCAAAUCUUAAAAAAAGGAUUGUACUUUGACCCAGAGUUUUGGAACCUUAUUAUGCUGAAGAAAAAAUGCAUGUCCCUAAUGGGUGACAAAGCAUUAUUGUUUACCUUCAGUGAAACUGUAGAAGAGGAUGAGCUGCCUCUAGUGGACCCUAAUGUGCUGUACCCAAGAGUGUCACCGCCACACCAUGUCAAAGAGGACAAGUUACUGAAACACCAUGUUAAAAAAGCAGAUCAAAAGUCAUCCCGACGAUGGGCAAGACGGCUUGAUUUUGCUGCAGAAGACAAUGUCAGAAAAGUUCAAAAGAAGUCGCGGAAACGUAGACUCAAAGAAACAGAUAAGAAAUCACUAAGACGCUCACUCAGACAGCUUGAUAUAAUUCAAGAAGGCCAAGCCAAGCUGCAUGAAAAGAAAACACAGAAGCACACUGCCAGUCAACGGAUUAAAAAGUCUCAAAAGCAUUCUGUCAGACUGCAUCAUAUGAUGGCAGUGGAGCCUGUCCAAAAAAUGGAAAAGUCGCCAAAACACCCUGUUGGACAACCUGAUAAAGCACAAGAGUGUGUAAAACAUCUGGAAAAUAAGUCUCCACAACACCCUGUAAAACAAAUGCAUACGCCAGAAGUCUCCAUCAACCAAUUGAAUACAAAGUCACCAAAACAUCAGGUUGUGACUCCAGAAGACUCCAUGAAACAGUCAGACGAGAGCGCACAAGGACCUGUUGAACAACCUGGUCAGAAGGCACCAGAAAAUCAUGUCAAGCAACUUCUUAAGAUAGCAGAACACCCUGUUCAGGAGCUGGAUGGAGCACCAGAAGUUUUAGUCAAAGAACGAGGUGAAAAGACAGUAGAGGAUCCCAUCAAACAGCCAGAUAAGAUGCCAGAUGACUCUGAGAAACCAGCUAAUGUGGCACCUGAGUUAGCUGUCGUAGAACCAAAUGCAAAACUAGAAGGCCGAGUGAUGGAAUCGGCCAGCAAUCCAGAAGGCCCUGUUGCAGAACUAGAUACAAAACUAGAACCCUUAAGGACACAAGAAGGAUCUGUCGUUAAAUCGGAUUCUAAACCAGAACUUCCCCUUAUAGAAACGAAGAGGGCACAAGAAGGCUCUGUCUUAAAUCUGAAUGUAAAACCGAAAAGUCCCCUUUUAGAACAGGAUAAGUUGCAAGAAUGCACUGUGGCAGAACAGAAAAUAUCAGAAGAAUGCACUUUUGUAGAACCGGAUAGGUCUCAAGAAUUCAGCAUUGAAGAACCGGAUAGGUUGCAAGAAUGCGCUGUGGCUGAACCGGAUAGGUUACGAGAAUAUGCUGUAGCUGAACCAAAGAGGUUGCAAGAAUGCGCUGUGGCUGAACCAGAUAGGUUGCAAGAGUGCGCUGUGGCUGAAACGGAUAGGUUACGAGAAUGCGCUGUGGCUGAACCGGAUAGGUCUCAAGAGUACUCUGUGGCUGAACCGGAUAGGUCUCAAGAAUGCAGUAUUGAAGAACCAGAUAAGUUACGAGAAUAUGCUGUUGUUGAACUGGAUAGGUCUCAAGAAUGCAGUAUUGAAGAACCAGAUAAGUCAAAAUACACUGUGGUAGAACCUGAAAGGUCACAAGAAAGUGCUGUUAUAAUACCAGAUAAAACAGCAGAUGACCUUUUUAAACAAGAAGAAACUCUGUGUGCUGAACAACCUGUACUGCGACUGCGGAAUCGACAGAAAGUCAUUAAAAAUGCCCAGAAAGACAACUCGCAUCUUGGUUCACCCAAAACAGACCAUAGUGUUCCAAAGACUCUCUGCAUAUUGUGCAACAGGGAAUUUCUUGGUGGCCAUAUCAUAAGGCAUGCAUUGAUUCAUGCGCGUAAGGGUACAUAUUCAUGUGCAAUGUGUGGCCGAAAGUUUAAACAGCGGGUAUGCUUGCAAAAACAUCUGAAAGAUCAUAUGAAGAAAAUAAAACUAAAACACUCCCCUGAUGGUCAACUGCCAAAUGCAUGCACUCCCGUUGAAAAUGGAACUUCAGAGGACUUUGAACAUGCCUUUUCUGAACUUGUACUACCAAAAAAUCAGCAUAAAAAUCACAGGCAGUCAGUUGCUGCUGUUGAAAACUACACAGAUAAACAAAAUAACAUUGUUUCUGAAAACCCAGACAGUAGUCCAAACAGCUGUUUGAGUAGUCCCCCACUAAGCUCAAAUGACAAAAAUACAGAAGAUGCAAAGUCCAGUAAAGAUAUGUGUCUAGUUAAAAGAGCUAACGGAACUGUUAUUAAGCAAAAGAAAUCUAGGAAAGAGAAAAGAAAAUUUAGUUGUCCUGCUCAGGGAUGUUCAAAGACUUAUAAUGAAAGGUGGAUUGUCAUUAAACAUGCAAGAAAGGCACAUCCAGAAGACAUGAAAGUCAAAGAGCAUAUCAUGAAGUUACACAAAGGAAAGUGCUGGUACUGCCAAAGAGAAUUUAUGGAUUCCAAGCAUUUCCUUGACCACCUCAACAGACACACAGACAGUAAGAAGUACUUUUGUCUGCAUUUAAACUGCAGUGAGCGGUUCAAGACCGCUGGUGAACUUCUUGCUCAUGUAAAGAGCCACACAGUGUUACAGGCACAGUGUGCAGUUGAUGGCUGCUGUGAGAUUUUUUCUGAACUCUCCUCACUUCACGAUCACGAGUGUCAGCAUUAUUCUGACAAAACAGUAAGAGGGGCCUCGGAGGAAACCUCUUCACCUGUCUUAGAAACUGUCUCUGAAACCACCUCAGGACCCAGCCCUGGUGUGCAUAAAAGUUCCCUGGUGAUAAAUAAAACAAAACCAGUCGAGGACCCAACUUGGAAGAUGAGAAAAGAGUCUACAAAGACUUACUUACAAUGUACAGUCAUGAAACCCAGUACGAAUGCAAAUCUAAACGAAAAAGUUUUGCCAGUGGCAAGCUCUGUAGACCAAACAGACAUAUUGGAAGAUAGAUGUUCUGCUUCUGUUUCAAGAGAGCAGCUCUUGAAUGGUCACAGCAGAGAGGAGAAGACCUCCAUAGAAGAUCAAACUGGAAGCAAAGUGGAUGCGGUUGAGAAGAAACCCGAUCAACCAGAAAGCAAAGUGGAAGUAGAAAAAAAGGAACCGGAUCCUCCCGAAACCCAAGUGACUGUUACCCAAAAGACACCUGAACAUCAGUCUCCCCAUGUUGAUGGUGCUCCAAAAGAUACCGGUCCCAUAUCCAAGGCACAAUCCAAAAAGGAGAAGACAUGCGGGGAAAAAACAACCCCCUAUGGUUGUGUCUCAAAGAGACCAUUUGUCAGACCGCCACCUUCGGCCUACCUUGAUGAACAGUACAUUAGCAUGCCUAAACGGAGGAAAACAUUGUCUCCAAAGGCAGAAUCUAAAGCUACUAGAUCAGAAAUGGUAGUGAGUAAAAGUGUUCAGAGGCACAGGUGUAGCAAGUGCUUCACUAUAUUCAGUGACGUGGAAACACUGGAGAGUCAUCUUGCACAAAACAAAUGUAAGACGCUAUUUGGAUUUGAUUCAGAUGAAGAAAGUGUCUGAUGGAGCCAUGCCUAGCCAAGACUGAAGAUGCUGUGCCCCAUAAGUAAUCAUUGGUUCAGAUUUGGCCUUUGAUGACAGAACUAUCUCAUAUUAAGAAGAUCUUUGUUUGGACUAUAAGAAAAAGCGCACUUUUUCAAAUAACACUCCACAGCAAAGAAAGAAGGGGAACUGCAAAAGAUGUGUUCCAAGUCAGACCAUGUUUAAUAAAAAAACACACACACACAAACACAACCUCAGAGGUAUCCAAGUUCUCUGUAUGCAGAUCCCCAAGUAAUAUUUAAAGUAAGUAUUUAACUUUAGAUCCAUGUCCACCGUUUGUUAAAAUUUAAAUGGAAGCAAAUGGGAGAAAAGGUGAAAGCUUGACCCCAUCAGAUUAUUCUUUUUUUGGGGGAGGGGAGGGGGCAAGAGGACGACCACCUGUAAAGUGCCUAGACCCAGUUAAUCGGGUGCUGUUGUAAGUUAUUGUAAUGUAUUGGAACCAAUUGGGAUGUAGCAGGAAUUGUGCUGACAUGCAGAAUGGACUGCCUUGGAAAACAUCUGAUCUGGAAAGUCCUCCAAUAUGUACUGCUUGGGUUAAAUAAUACUGUAGUGUUCUUGAUCUUUUCCUGUAGUCCUUGCUUUUUAUUAUACAAAAUAUAAUUGCCCUGGCCUUCACUGCUUUCCAGGGAACUCAAAUUUGCUCACAGAUUCUGACCAUCUGUUUGCAGCAACAAACCCCAUUUUACAUUUUUUGUCUUAAUGCAGCUGU